UACUGACGUCAUAUUUCUUGGACGAUGGGCGUGAUGACAGCAGUGAGAAUGCGACAGCUUGAGAAAUAUUUCCAAAACACUGUACAGGAGUAAUACUAUUCUGUUCUUUCAACAUGGUAGCCCAGUAAGCCAUGGAAGUAUGACCAUAAUUUGAAAACAGAUAUCGUUCGUGUUGCAGGCUUUUCUCGACCUAGCUAGGUAAAUUCUCAAAACCGUCGCCUGCCAAACCACCUCUUCCAGAGGUCUGAAAUCACAAAUGUUAUAUCACAACACACAGUGAAAUACCUAACUUGCAUAGAAAAAACACUGACGUGGUCAUAGCCAUGGCUUUGAGCAUGGACAUCAGCGUUUCUUUUCUCAAGUGUGAACUCGCCUCCACCAUCGACCAGGCGGUAAGAUGCGCCGUUGAAACUGUUUUAAAAGAAACGGCAAGAGUUGUUGGCAUGAAACUGGCCGCGGCUCGUAAUGCUGCCGCAGAGUCCCACCGAGAGAACCAGAGCCUGCGGGAGAGACUGGAGAUCUCCGAGAGCGAGCUGAAAGCGGUACGCUACUACAUGACAGCGGCGGAAAAGAACAUUAAACAGUGUUUACUACUGAACAGAAACCAGCCUCGGUCAACUGUCGUGCGGCCAAAUACAGAUGACGCACUCUUUCAGUUUCCCUCACACUCUGCGGACGAAAGCCCCACAUCACAACCACAGAGCAGAGAUUCCACCCGCAAGACCUUCCGUAACUCACCAGGAAGAAUCCACAAUGCUAAAAAUGUACCCAGUGUUGGCCUCUGUCUUCCCACGGUGCAGUCAGACUGGCCUCGUGUUUGUGUCAACCGCAAAAAGACACGAUUGUCUUCAAUAGGCAACAGUUCAGCAAUCAUAAGUGACCCCACGACCUCUCAAACCCUUGUGGAAAACAACACUGCUCUAUUAAGGCCAGAGGAUGAGACAGAGCGUCCGUUUUACAUCGCCAAUGAGGGUGUCUCGGAAAAAGACAACAGUUCUGCACUGGCAGACUCUGAGAGGGGUCCUGAGGAGCCAGAAGCUUCAAGCUCAUCCAUAAACCCUCCAGAGGUCCCUUCUGACAUCACAAAAUUUGAGUUUGAGAUGAGCACACCUGCAGGGAAUGUCAACGAGCUGGAGCUGAUCCAGGUGAUGGAGGACUCUGAGGAUGUCAAACAAGGCACUGUUAAAAUAGAAGAUGACCCUGAGUCAUUUACACUAGAGCCACCUUCAUCUGAUCCAACUGUAGCUUCUUCAUCCACCUCCAUGCAAGCAUUCCCACAAAUCACCUCACCUCCAAUAUUGGAGAGUGAGGGCGAUGCUUUGCUGGCUUUAGUGCCACCUGUAGGGAGUGACACAGGGCUAAGCGGUCCUGUUGAGAGCCCUGAUAAAGUGCACCUCUGCAACAUUUGUGGCCGGGGAUUCCGACGUUUCUACUGCUUGAAAACGCACCAGCGCAUACAUACGGGAGAGCGCCCAUAUCCUUGUAGAUACUGCGAGAAACGCUUCCGCCAUUUAGACAGCUUACACAAGCACCAGCGCAUUCACACAGGUGAGAGACCCUACCGCUGCGCACAGUGCGGAUGCUGCUUCAGAGAACUGGGUCAACUUAAAAAGCACAGACUCAAACACUCGCCCACAUUUGUUCCAGUGGCUCUUCCCGCCUUCCCUCUCGUCCCAGCUGGACCCUCCUAUGUCUGGCCACAUCUCAACUCCCAGUCUUUGGAUUCAGUCUAAAACACAGAGGCCUUGUGAACAUUUAAUUAGUAUAUAGAUGUUUUUAUUUGUGGCAAAACACUCAUCUGAUAUAAAGUUACAAAUGUCCUGUAUCAUAACCUCAGUUGUGUUUUCCAUGCAUAUGAACUUCAUCUAAGUAUUACUCUGCAAAACAUUUCAGUGGGCUCCAAAUAUGAAUAAAUUUUUGGUCUUGAA